CGAGGGCGCCUCCUCCUGGCCGCGCUGCUGCUGCUUUGGACGCGGGCGGCCAGCGGCCAGAGCAGCCCCCAGCAGAGCGUGAUCCUAGGCAUGAGGCUAGCGAGCUGCAACAAGUCGUGCGGGAUGAACCCGGAUGGCAUCAUCUUCGUGUCCGAGGGCAGCACGGUGAACUUGAGGCUCUAUGGCCACAGCCUGGGCGAUAUCUCCAGCAACCUGAUCUCCUUCACCGAGGUGGACGACGCCGAGACGGUCCACAACUCCACCAACUGCCUGGAGCUCACCAAGGACUUAGUGGUCCAGCGGCUGGUCAACGUGAGCCGCGGGAACACGUCGGGGAUGCUAGUGGUGAUUACCAAGUUCCUGCGGAGGAGCGAGAACAUGAAGCUGUACGCGCUGUGCACCCGGUCCAGGGCCGACGGGCCCUGGACCAGAUGGACGGACAAGGACUCCCUGCUCUUCAUGGUGGAGGAGCAUGGGAGGUUUCUGCCGCUCUGGCUGCACAUCCUUCUCGUUAUGGUGCUGUUGGUGCUGUCGGGCAUCUUUUCUGGCCUCAACCUGGGGCUUAUGGCCCUGGACCCGAUGGAGCUGCGCAUCGUGCAGAACUGUGGAACUGAGAAGGAGAGAAAGUACGCUCGCAAGAUAGAGCCCAUCAGGCGCAAGGGCAACUACCUGCUCUGCUCGCUGCUCCUGGGGAACGUGCUAGUCAACACUUCCCUCACUAUCCUUCUAGACAACCUCAUCGGGUCUGGCAUCAUGGCAGUGGCCUCCUCUACCAUUGGCAUUGUCAUCUUUGGGGAGAUCUUACCUCAAGCCCUGUGCUCCCGGCACGGGCUGGCUGUGGGUGCCAACACUAUUGUUCUCACCAAAGUCUUUAUGCUCCUCACUUUCCCCCUGAGUUUCCCCAUUAGCAAACUCCUAGACUUCGUCUUGGGUCAGGAGAUUCGCACUGUUUACAAUCGGGAGAAGCUGAUGGAGAUGUUGAAGGUGACAGAGCCCUAUAAUGACUUGGUGAAGGAGGAGUUAAAUAUGAUCCAGGGUGCCCUGGAACUAAGGACCAAAACUGUGGAGGAUAUCAUGACCCAGCUACACGAUUGCUUCAUGAUCCGCAGUGAUGCCAUUCUGGACUUCAACACCAUGUCUGAGAUUAUGGAGAGUGGCUACACUCGCAUUCCUGUGUUUGAAGAUGAACAAUCCAAUAUUGUAGAUAUCCUGUAUGUCAAAGACUUGGCUUUUGUUGACCCGGAUGACUGCACCCCGCUCAAGACCAUCACUCGCUUCUACAACCACCCGGUACAUUUUGUUUUUCAUGACACCAAGCUGGAUGCCAUGCUAGAGGAAUUCAAGAAGGGCAAGUCCCACCUGGCCAUUGUGCAGAAGGUGAACAAUGAGGGCGAGGGCGACCCCUUCUACGAGGUGCUGGGCCUGGUCACCCUGGAGGACGUCAUCGAGGAGAUCAUCAAGUCUGAGAUCCUGGAUGAGUCGGACAUGUACACUGAUAAUCGGACCCGGAAACGGGUGUCCAUGAAAAACAAGCGUGACUUCUCUGCCUUCAAGGACACUGACAAUGAACUCAAAGUGAAAAUCUCACCUCAGCUUCUUCUGGCUGCUCAUCGCUUCCUGGCCACAGAGGUGCCCCAGUUUAGCCCCUCUCUGAUGUCAGAGAAGAUCCUGCUCCGGCUGCUCAAGUACCCCGAUGUCAUUCAGGAGCUCAGGUUCAAUGAGCACAACAGGUACUGCGUUCGCCACUACCUGUACACCCGGAACAAGCCGGCAGAUUGCUUCGUCCUCAUCCUGCAGGGGAAGGUGGAGGUAGAAGCAGGCAAGGAGAACAUGAAGUUUGAGACAGGCGCCUUCUCGUACUAUGGAACCAUGGCACUCUCCAUGGCACCCCCAGUGCCUCCUGUGCAGGCUGGGUGUUCAACAGGCAAACUGAACUCCCUGCUCUCCUGGCUCUCAGACCGGUCCCCAGCCCACCCAACUCCACUCAGCCGCUCAGCCUCCCUCAGUUACCCGGACCGCAGCACAGACUUGACGUCCUCCUCCCUGGCAGGCAGCAACCAGUUUGGCAGCUGCAUUCUGGGUCAGUAUGUCUCUGACUUCAGUGUGCGGGCUCUCACAGACCUGCAGUACAUUAAGAUCACAAGGCAGCAGUACCAGAAUGGACUGAUGGCCUCCCGCAUGGACAACAGCCCCCAGCCUGCCUUGGAUGGCUGUGCCACCUGCUCAGAGAACUUUACCGAGAGGCCUGAGCUGCCCCCGGUGGACGAGACCACGACUCUUCUCAAUGAACGCAACUCGUUGCUGCACAGAGCCUCCGAAGAGGGCGCCAUCUGACAGGAGGGCCCGGGGACUCCCGCCCACCCUGCGGGGGUCUCCCCAGUGGGCCCACAUGAAGUCAGGAGCCUGUUAGGCUAGAAGGGGUGCAGGUAGAUAUCCUGCAUGACUGAGCAACCAGACAUCCCUGUCGAGGGGCUCUAGCUGCAGAUGGGGACCUCUGAACAGCUCUGACAUGAUGCCUGCCCCGCCCAGCUAGUGAGCAAAGGCUGUUGGGUUGGGUUUUUUUUUUUUGUUUUGUUUUGUUUUUUUUUUUGUUUUUUUUUUUAAACACUGAGAGAAGUUUUAAGCUAGGCUCAUUGCUCCUCUUUUAAAAAAUAUCAUUUGGGGAAGGGAAGACAGGGUUAAGGAACUUUAUGUAAAAAAAAAAAGAAAUUUUUUUUUUCCAAGAAGCCCCACAAACUUUAAAAGGAGAGGAGGGUUCCUCACCCCAGGAAGCAAUGGCCAUAGCCUAUUUCCAGCUGAGACCUUGCAGCCUGUGUCUGUCACUCUAGGAGGCACUCUUCUGCAGCAGUGGGGGCCUGGAGCCCACAGGAGGGGCUUCCUGGGAGGAUAAUGACAUCAACUGCGGGACACGCGGGCUGAGGUCAUAGAGAAGUGCUGAGCAACGCAUCAGGGAUGCGAUGACCCCGGCCUCGGAGAGGAAUACAUCUGUCUUUAACUGCCAGAUCCAGUGAUGAUCUAGACGCCUGCUCAGGGGCUCUCCUAGAGAGCUCUGGCUCUCAGCUACCCCUUUGGCCAGUUUUCUCCUGGAAGGGUCUGGCUCCAAGAGUUGGGCGUGGUCUUUGGCUCUGCAGUUGCCUAUCUGCUUCCUGGCUAUGGCUUCACUCUUACCAAAGGUUUUCUUUCAGAGGGGGAGCAUCAGCAUUAGCAGUGACUUGCUGGGCACUGCUUGUGGUUUCAGGCUGAGGCUGAUGAUAGGAAGAUCUGUGUCAGCAGUUAUUCCUACCCACUCACCUGCAAGGAGAGUCAGGACUCAGCAGUCCACCCAGCAAGCUUCCUUUCCUGACUUAUCCCUCUCCUGGUCCCUCGGGGGACUGAAAGCCACCAAAGCUGGGGCGUUGUUCCCUUGCCUGCAUAGCUAGCUAAGGAUCCUUGAGCUCACUCCCACUUAAGGACCUGCUAUGAGAGGGCAAUGCUAAGCUUGGGCUCAGGCUGUUGGCACUGCAGAGCAGUCCUACCCCAGUGCCACCUGGGAAACCUGAGUAGACUCAGGCCAUGGGGCAGAGCUGCACAUGUCUCUUGUAGGGAGGCUGGAGGACCAAGGGCCGCAUCUAUUGUUGGGAUGGAUGGAGCUGGAGUAUCAGAGCCAGGCGAGCGGGAGCACGGGCGAGCGGGAGCACGGGCCAUCUGUGUUUAUUCUUUCACUCCUUUCCUCAGCCAGUGGAGUCCUGUCACCCCAUGUACUCUGCUGUCUGUGUGCCCAGAGAAUCCUAACUCGUAGGAUGCACCAGGGUGCCCUAUACCCCUGGCCAACCUGAGGUCUCUUCCACUCACAGAAUUUACUCCGAGAAGCCUGGUGACAGUGGCUCUCAAUGAUAAGGGAAAAAGGCAUCAGACCUCUAGUUCGUUAGGAAACUCUUAGUUCUCUGUAGGUGCAGCAUGCUCCCAGGUCUCUAGACAAGGUGCCUAGCUGUGUUCCUGAGAGACCUAAGUGCCAGGUAGAGCAAAACCACGUGGUGGGUGUGAGGCAACCGUAGCAGGUGCGCACACUUCCACAGCUACCUCUCUGUAUCCAGUCACCACCUACAGACAGGCUCCACCCAUCCCCACCCCUCCCCUCCUCAUUUAGAAUCACUUCUUGCAGAGGGUCAUAAUUGUUUCCAAAUAUUACUGGUCUGAUGACUUCCUCCUCCCGGUGCAAUUUUUCACUUCCUCUUCCAGCCUCUGGUUCCUGGGCAGAGCCAUACCCUGGAACUGGCCCAGUCUGCAUGUCUUCCCAGCAGAGGAGGACUCCGCAGACAGCAUCCAAGUGGGUGGGCAAGUCACAGCCGCCAUAGCAGAUGACUCCUAUUUAUUUUGCAUUAAGAUUUUAAUUUGUAUAUUUUUGUGAUUUAUUUUGGCAUUGUUAUGAGUUUGACUCUCGGGGAGUUUUGUUGUUAUGACUCUUGUGUCUUUUGUCACAAAACAAUGAUAAUAUUUGCUAAACAAUAUAUGGACUUUAUUUUUGAUUGGUAAUAAAAAAUGAAAUGUAUAUAAGUUUUG